AUGCUGGCACAACUGAUUCCCGUUGAGAGAGUGCACGUUCAUCCCUCGUUCCACACCGGAGCGAAGGGGAUAAAGAACGACAUUGAUAAAGUUUUCCCCAUCAAAUUGCCGCCUCAUCCGGUGGGCAAGAAUAAGUCUGUGGUGCUCACUGGUUGGGGAAGCACCGAGGACGGAGAUCCAUUGGCUCUCCAAGAGAUGAGUACCACCAUCAUCUCCCUUAAGAAAUGCAGGGAACAUUAUCCCUGGGUGGACACAGGCAUCCUCUGCGUCCUGUCGUCAUAUUGGGACGUGUCCACUUGUCUUGGCGACUCAGGGGGACCAGCGGCUCACGGAGACUAUAUCAGAGGCAUCGUUUCCUUCUGCGUGUAUGACUGUGAACCAAUGUACCCUCAGGGCUUAACUGAUGUUUAUUUUUAUCGCGACUGGAUCAAGGAAUAUGCACCUACGUUAGGCCGGGUACAAAUCCGUACAGAGGAGACCGAAUUAUCUCCCGUGAGAGGCUUAGGGACCAAGUGA